AUGGAGGAUCUGUACAGCAUCCACCCGGGGAUCUCGCGCGCCGGGGCGGCGGCGGCCAGCGAGGCGUCCGGGGUCGCCGGUGGACCGGGCUCACCGCCGCCCCCGCCGCCACAGCCCCCUCCUCCGCCGCCGGCGGAUCUGACGGAGCUGGUCAAGGCGCAGAUCGCCGGGCACCCGCGCUACCCCUCCCUCCUCUCCGCCUACAUCGAGUGCCGCAAGGUGGGCGCGACGCCGGAGGUGGCCACGCUGCUGGAGGAGAUCGGCCGGGAGAGGUGCGCUGCCGCCUCCGCCGGCGGGGAGGUCGGCCUGGACCCCGAGCUCGACGAUUUCAUGGAGGCGUACUGCCGGGUGCUGGAGCGGUACAAGGAGGAGCUGUCGCGGCCGUUCGACGAGGCGGCGUCCUUCCUCAGCAGCGUCCGGACGCAGCUCAGCUCCCUCUGCGGCGGCGCCGCCUCGCUCUCUGAUGAAAUGGUGGGGUCUUCUGAGGACAAACCAUGCUCAGGAGACACAGACGCGACGGACCUGGGUCAGGAGCACAGCUCACGGUUGGCUGACCGUGAGCUCAAGGAGAUGCUGCUGAAGAAGUACAGCGGCUGUCUCAGCCGGCUGCGGUCUGAGUUCCUGAAGAAGAGGAAGAAAGGGAAGCUACCGAAGGACGCUCGGUUGGCGCUGAUGGACUGGUGGAACACGCAUUACCGCUGGCCGUACCCUACGGAAGAGGAUAAGGUGAGGCUGGCGGCAAUGACUGGGCUGGACCCGAAGCAGAUAAACAACUGGUUCAUCAACCAGCGGAAGCGGCACUGGAAGCCAUCGGAGGACAUGCGGUUCGCGCUCAUGGAGGGCGUCACCGGAGGCGGAUCAUCCUCCGGGACGACGCUGUACUUCGACACGGGCACGAUCGGGCCGUGA